AUGCGGUGUCGGAUGCGGAAACAACUGUUCAUCCAGCGUAAUAAGGUGUGCGAUCUGUCACUCAUAUUGGCAAUAGCCGGGCUGUUGUUCGUCAUUAUCGAUGCGGAACUUACUGCACUUUCAUCAACUACUCAUAUCACAAAGGCUCACAAUGUAUCGUUAUUCCUUCGCUCCUUAGCCGUGCUCACAACGAUAUGCCUCAUGUGCUGUCUCAUUAAUUAUCAUGCGAUAGAAGUUAAAAUAGCGUUGAUUGAUUCGGGUGCCGAUGACUGGCGUGUUGCCGUGAGUAUGGAUCGAGUAAUCAAGCUGUCUGUCGAAUUGGCUGUCUGUGUGGUUUGUCCAUUCCCAGGAUCAGGAUCGAUUCGAUGGCCGUUUAUUUCGCCUGAAACGCGUCUAGUCAAAAUGGUUGACGUACCUGUAGAUGUGCUCCUCUCAGUGCCGAUGUUUCUGCGAUCUUAUCUGCUAUGUCGAUUCAUGGUUUUGCACAGUAAACAAUUCCAGGAUGCCGCUACGCGUUCGAUCGCCGCAUUGAAUCGAAUUUCCAUGGAUUUUCGUUUUGUUAUCAAGACGAUGAUGGCUGAUCAUCCGCUACGAGUGUUGGUCGUGUUCACUGUUUCCUACUGGAUCUGCAUGUCUUGGAUGUUCACGCAGUGUGAACGUUAUGAUGGGAAAUUGGACGUCGAACACUACUAUCUGAAUUCGAUGUGGUUCAUCAUGGUAACAUUCAUGUCGAUCGGUUACGGUGAUAUCGUGCCGAACACAUAUUGCGGCCGAACAUUGUCUAUCACCACUGGAAUUGUGGGUGCUGGCGUCUCUUCGGCUUUGAUCGCUGUCAUUUCGCGAAAGUUGGAAUUGAGUAGGGCAGAGAAGCAUGUAAACAACUUCAUGGCUGAUUCCAAGCUGACGAAUCAACGCAAGAACGCGGCUGCAUCUGUGCUCCAGGAGACUUGGUUCAUCCACAAGUACAAAAAAGCCUUGCAUAAAGGUGACGAGUUGCGUCUACGCCAUCAUCAGCGACGAUUUCUGCACUCAAUAAACGAAUUCCGACGGAUCAAGUGGGAUCAGCGCAAACUUCAAGAAAAAGGCAACUCGCUGUUGGAUGUUGGGAAGUUACACUCGGAUAUGCACGAAACUCUAUGGGAGAUGCAUCGUGCCCAAGAUCAUUUCAUCUCGCAGAUAGACAUGCUCACACAAAAAAUAGUUGAGCUGCAACAGACGUUAACCGCUACUCAGCCUAUGACGGCAGGAGUAGCUUGCUGUUCCCAGAGACCGCCAUCAGCACCGACAGCGCCACAUGGUGAAAUGACCAGCCAGCCGAUGCUGAAUUCAAGUGCCAGCAUUCCACGAAUAUCAGUCGCAAAUCACCAUUUCCAUCACAAUAACAACGGUUCAUUGAGUAACGGAUGCAUGAUAUUGGACUCGAAGCUGUACAACCAGUGUCAGGUUGGUCAGCUGUCUCAGUGCCCAACCGGUGGCCGUUACGCCACUGUCACCACACCGCUGAUGCAUUCUUAUGAAGAGGUGUGA